AUUGCGCUACUUUUGUAACGCGUUACUCCCAACACUGACUAUAAUAUGCAUAAUGAGUACUUUCACCGCUUGAUGCAUCUUGCAUUUUGCUGUUGACACGUCUUAAAAAAUUCUGUAGCUGUAUGAGUCAUACUAUGAAUGCAGAAAGUGUGCCUGUUUUUACAUUGUGUUAUUGUGCUAUUGUACCAAUGAUCUUAGUGCUCCAAAAGGGAAAGUUUUAUCUCAAAAUGUCUUAUUUCACAUCUGUCAGUAUUCAUGGAGUUUUCCCUUCAUUAUAUAAAAACGUCCACGUGGCUGCUAUUCCAACCACAAGGAGGAAGUGAUCACAUUGUGAAAGAAACAUGACUAAUGGCACACACACACACACACACACACACACACACACACACACACACACACACACACACACAAACACAUUUUGGUACCCAUAUUGUGACUGUGCUACCAGAUUGUGGACCCCAUAAUGUAAUAAAGACACAAGUUAGGGAGUGUUCACAAGUUAGAAGCUGCAGUCAGACACAGUCAUAGUCACGGUGUGUUCAGGGACGCUUUCAUUCAGCUCUGCUCUCUGCUCCACCAUGAAGCUGUAUGUGAUCGUUCCACUAUGUGCUCUGUUCACCCUCACCCAACAGGCACCUUCACCACGCGAUAAGUGUGCAUGUGAGUUGACUAAUUCAGAUAAGGCAUUCCCUCAUGACAAACUCGGCUCAGUUGAGACCAAUGCAUUAAAAUGCAAUAGCAACAUCACCCCACAGAAGACUCUGGAGCUGGAGAGUCUGCUGCUGGGUUUGGAGCGGCGUCUGCCCCAGCUGCAGGACGAUGUGUCCAUGCUGGAGAGGGAGGAUGACGGAGACCUCUACGCAGUCAUCAGCCUGCAGGUGAUAGAGAACGAACUGAGGGAGAUCAAGCUGUUCAUGGACAGGCUCAACAGCACCACCCUGGGACACCAGCACCUAACUGCUGACACUAGUAAACAGUUGGAGGAACUGAAAGCAGAGAUGCAGGAGCUGGAGACGUACGACAUCAUGCAGGUCGUGAAGACCCAACGAGCCAACAAGGAUCUGAAGAAAGAACUGGACCAGUGCAGCAAUGGACUUCACGCCACCAUCCAACCCACUCAGCCUCCACAAGGGAACUGCCCCCAUGGUGAAUUUCUGAACAUAACGGGGCCAAGGGUGUACACAGCAGGAGAGUACCCUGGCUCCUACAAGUAUGGAGCCUGGGGUCAGGAUCCCAAACCACAGGUGGGGAAGGAGAGCUGGUAUUGGCUGGUAAUGUUGACCUCCAGCAACAGAUACGCCCACUAUGUCCGUCUCUACUCCAGCCUGAGCUCUCUCAUUGUUGGGGUGAGCACACCAGGUAAUGUCCAGAUCAGUCCUUCUAACCCCACAACCAACACCAUCCAGGGGCCAAAUGUUGUGCUGUAUGGAGGGGAGUUGUACUACAAUUGUUACAACCUGGAUUCUGUUUGUCGAUUCAACCUGACCAGCCAAACUGUUGAUACAUUACAACUACCCAAAGGCACCAGGUUUAACUCAAAGGGUAACUUCUGCCACCUUGAUGAAUGCUACCCGUUCACCGACCUGGAUCUGGCAACAGAUGAGUCAGGUGUCUGGGUGAUCUAUACCACAACCCAGGACUUUGGCAACCUGGUGCUGUCCAAGGUGGAAGAGAGUGAACCGCUGAGGCUCGGCCGAACUUGGCACACCUCGGUCUUAAAGCAGGGGGUGACCAACACCUUCAUGGCAUGUGGCGUGCUUUAUGCCACACGGUACCUCAACAAGGAGCUGGAGGAGAUCUUCUAUUCGUUUGACACCACGACAGGAGAGCAGAGGUUCAACAUUGGCAUCUUCAUCAAAAAGAUGUCUCCCAACAUUUAUGCCCUCAACUACAGCCCUGUGGACCAGAUGCUGCAUGCCUACUGUGACUCCUACAUGGUCUCCUAUAAGGUUUUGUUUAACCGAAAUGGAUAUGCUGACAAUGUUUUCUAUUAAAGCCUGUAUCUAAAUAAUGGCUACAGUAAUAGUGACCAGCACAAAGAAAUAAAGGUGACUCCUUAGUAAAGGCCAGCAAAAAUUUGUAUUGAGGGGGUGUGGAAUUACUACUACUAUACGCCUACUGUACAUGGUACACGUCUAUUUACACGUUAAAUUCUGCACAAUGUUAAUUUGCAUUGCAAAACCUAGUUCUCUCUGCAGGUGAUUUAUGCAUAUCUUAGAGUGUGAACGCUGUAGUAAUAUAGUUUAUUAGUACUUCUGUCUUAUUUGUGUAUCAUUAAAUCAGUCUUAAACACAA